CGGUUUGAGUCUUUGCAAUACUAUACGGAUCGAAAACUGCUUUAUAAAGUUUGCAGAUCUUACAAUGGCCAGGUCGAACGUGGAGGACCCGACAAUACUCUGUCUGUUUGAUGUAGACGGGACUUUAACAGCAGCUCGCCAGAAAGCAACUCCUGACAUGCAUCAGUUCUUGAGUGAACUGAAACAGCGCGUGAGAGUCGGGGUGGUUGGAGGAUCAGAUUUGGACAAAAUCAAAGAGCAGUUGGGGGAUGAUGUGAUUGAUAGAGUGGAUUAUGUGUUUGCUGAGAAUGGUUUGGUAGCAUACAGGUUCGGGAAGAUGCACUCUGUUCAGAGUAUUCAAGCAUACAUGGGAGAGGACAUUUUACAGGAUUUUAUCAAUUUCUGCCUCAAUUACCUUUCAAAGUUAAAACUACCCAAGAAGAGAGGCACAUUUAUUGAAUUCCGUAAUGGAAUGUUGAACGUCUCCCCAAUUGGUCGAAGCUGCAGCCAACAGGAAAGAAUCGAAUUCUUCGAACUUGACAAGAAGGAGAAAAUCAGAGAAAAGUUUGUCUCCGUUUUAAAAGAAGAGUUUGCUGGGAAAGGACUAGCUUUCUCCAUUGGUGGGCAGAUCAGCUUUGAUGUGUUUCCAGAGGGCUGGGAUAAGCGCUACUGUCUGGGAAUUGUGGAGAAAGACUCAUACCAGAACAUCCAUUUCUUUGGAGACAAAACAAUGCCCGGAGGAAACGAUUAUGAAAUCUUUGCAGACCCCAGGACGAUCGGUCAUGAGGUCAAGUCACCCGAGGACACACAGCGGAUCUGCAAGGAGCUCUUCCUCAGAUGAGACCCUAAGCAUGACCUCUGCCAUCCAGAAUGAAGACCACAACGUACAAGAACUGUAAAACUUUGAACGGAAGGUUACUUAAUAAGUCCAAGCCAUUAUUGUCUCUGUGUACUUAAAAGAUUGUACAUCAUGACCGGUACUGGAUAAACCUGUACAUACAGUACAUGUGUUUAUUUUAUA